AUGGCCACUGUGAUCACUCCAACAAUGCGUUCUGAGGCCACGCUCACCAGGCCGCCAAUCUCCGCGUUGUAUCUCGUGGAAAGACCAGAAACGGCAGAUGAAAGAAGCAUAGGACAACUACUUGAUGCACAUUGGAUUGACCGAGAUCUAGCAGGCUCGUGGAAGUCUGCAUGCGCUAGUCUUCACGAUGGCCUUUGCAAGGAAUUUCCCAACAGAGCACUGUCAUCCAUAAGGCCUGCAUGGCUUGUAGACGUCAAGCGUCAAUGCCUCGUCGCAGCCACGGAAGACUGCUCCUAUAUCGCCCUAAGUUAUGUAUGGGGUAGUCAAUCGACUUUCAACACAACUGAGAGUGACCUCAUCCGUCUCCAAAAUGAGGGAUCGCUGUCGGGACUACUGACCAAACCUAUCGCGAGAACAAUUAGAGACGCCAUGGGUAUAGUCGAGCUAUUGUCAGAGCAAUACCUAUGGGUGGACACUCUAUGCAUUGUCCAGGAUAACAUCGCACAAAAGGGCCUAGAGAUAGCAAAGAUGGCCAUGAUUUACGCCAACGCUUCUGUCACGUUAUUUGCUGCCGGGGGAGAACAUGCCAACAGCGGGUUACGCGGCUUCCAGGGUAUAUCAGAGCCCAGACGUUUGCAUCAGACUAUUCACUGCAUAGACGAGAGAACAAAGCUGGUGACAACUCCUGUUUCAGCUUCACAGGCCAAUCUCUUUGAGCCUGGAGAAGAUCAUUCAAUUUGGGAAACUCGAGGAUGGAUAUUCCAGGAGUCCUUCUUUUCCAGAAGGAGGUUGAUUUUCAAUGGGAACUCUAUGCGUUGGGAGUAUCUCGACUCAACCCAGGCAAGGGUCAUCCCAUGCAGUUUUAUCAUGGAAAGUUCCAUUCCAAACUUGAGUCUUUUCAGCAUCAUUUUGAACGCUUAUAACAAAAAGGAAUUCACCUACCCAGAAGACUGUCUUCAUGGCUUUGCGGGAAUAUCGUUGCUGUUGAGCGCUCAACUGAGUGGUGGCUUUGUAUCGGGUCUCCCAACGGCGUUCUUCGAUCUAGUCCUGUCAUGGGAACCUGGAAGUCAGUUAACCCGCAGGGUUGCCAGGGAUUUGACGAGGGCGAAUGAGCUGCCCAGUUGGAGCUGGGCUGGAUGGUCUGGCAGCAUUCUUUUCAGUGUUGAAUCCGCGCUUGACUUCAUCAAAACGGGACAUUAA